AUGCCCUGUGUGAGGACGCUCACCAGUGGGUGUAUAAAGAGUGGCGAGCUUGAGAGUGAGGACCCCGAAGAGGAGGACCCUAAAGAGGAGGACCCCAAAGAGGAGGACCCUAAAGAGGAGGACCCCGAGGAGGAUGACCCUAAGGAGGAGGAUCCCGAGGAGGAGGACCCCAAGGAGGACCCUAUAGAGGAGGAUCCUGUGGAGGAGGAGCCGGAGGAAAACCCUAUAGAGGAUGAGGAUCUAGAGGAGGAGCCCAUGGAGUGGGAAUUUGAGGUUAUGCAGGAGCCUCUACUUGGUGGAAUACUAGAGGGAAUUCCACUUGGAUGGGAGCUCGACUUAGAUGAGGAGGAUUGGGCAUGGGAGGAUGAGCCAAUGGUGGAGGAUCCUAUGAGGAUGAUGAGCAGGAGGAGAUCAGCCUAG